AAUUGAAUAACUAAGCGAAGAUAAACAAAGCGCUUCAGGCGAAAAUGGCAGCAUCGGACGAUCGUAGGUUCGCUCCAGAGUAUGAUCCGUUUUCUGAUACGUCCGCGCGUGCCCGUAACGCCACUAAUACACCCGGACGAAAGGAAAUGCCACAUGUCACAGCACCAUUAAUGAAAUUUAAAACAUACCUUUCGGCUCUCCGACCAUGGUCGCUGUCGGCCAGCCUGAUGCCCACCCUGCUCGGCACGACACUCGCGGUACGUGUGCACGGGUACGAGAGCUUCGGCAUAUUCACCUUCCUGUGUACCGUGCUAACGGUGGUUACCGUCCACUGUGCUGGCAAUGUGGUCAACACGUAUUUCGACUUCGUGAAGGGUAUCGACGAUCGCAAGGCGGACGAUCGUACGCUGGUGGAUCAUAUUCUUAGUCAGGAUGAGGUUGUCACAUUGGGCGUGUUGCUGUACGGCGCCGGAUGUGUGGGAUUCGUGUUCCUUGUGUAUCUAUCCCCGGCCAAGCUGGAACAUCUGGCACUGGUGUACUUCGGUGGAUUGUCCUCCAGCUUCCUGUACACCGGCGGAAUUGGCCUUAAGUAUAUUGCGCUCGGCGAUGUGCUCAUUCUGGUAAUCUUCGGUCCAAUCUCGGUGCUGUUUUCGUACAUGGCACAAACCGGAUAUAUUGAAUGGGCCACCUUCCUGUACGCGAUUCCGCUCGCGCUCAACACGGAAGCAAUCCUGCACAGCAACAAUACACGCGACGCCGAAUCGGACAAACGGGUCGGGAUCGUUACGCUGGCGAUCCUGAUUGGCCGAACGUGCUCGUACGUACUGUACGCCGUGCUGCUCUUUACACCGUACGUCAUCUUUGUGGUGCUCGGUAUGAAAUACUCAUUCCUGUUUCUGUUGCCCAUGGUAACGUUUAAGCAGGCGUUCGCCAUUGAGCGACAGUUUCGCAAUGAAAGUACGCUGCAGAAGGUGCCUCGCCAAACGGCCAAAUUGAACCUAUUCUUCGGCCUUUUGUACGUGGUGGCCUGCCUGACAGCGCCCCAGCUACCGUUCAUAGCGCGAAAGUGA